AUGAGCGCCUCGGCUGGCGCUGAGAAUGGCGGCGGGUGGUUCUUUCUGGACGCGCACCGGCAGCACCGCGGGCCGUACGACGAGGCGGGGCUCGAGGGGCUGGCGAAGCAGGGGUACUUGGCAGGACAAAUGGUGGUGUGGCGGAAGGGUAUGACGGGGUGGAAGAAGCUUGAGGACGUCGAGGAGCUGUCGCAUAUACAAGGAGCCAUCGAUCGAGAAGCUAUUCGGGCGCGGCAGGCCGAGGCCGCGGCUGCCACGGCGCAAAAAGCCCAAGCUGCAGGGACGGACAACGCGAUGGCCGCGUUCCAGGCCGAAGUAGGCGCGCUCCAAGCCAAGCAGGCCGCGGACGGCGCCGUGGCGAGCUACUCUCUCGAGGACAUGAUCUUCGACGCGUCCGCGGGCGACGACGGAAAGCGCAAGGGCGGACCCAAGGUCGAUCUCCUGGCUCAGACCGAGGCGCACGAGCGAGCGCAGGCCGCCGCGGACGGCAACGGCGCGGACCCGCGCCCCGCAAAGAAGCACAAAAGGACUGCCGUGGGGGCCGAGGGGGGCGCGAAACAGCGCAGGUCCACGGCGGUGUACAUCGAGGGGCUGCCGGCGGACGCGACGGCCGAGGAGGUGGCGCGGGAGUUCGGGAAGUGCGGGAUCAUCCUGAAGGGGGAGGACUUGCAGCCCCGCGUCAAGUUAUACCGCGACAAGGCCUCCGGGGGGCUCAAGGGCGACGCGCUGGUGGUCUACCUGCGCCGCGAGUCCGUCGACCUCGCCGUCAAGAUCCUCAACGGCGCGCAGCUCCGCCCGGGCGAGCCACCGAUCCGCGUCUCCGAAGCAACCUUCACGGAUCGGCGCGACGGCGGUGGCGGGGGCGGUGAGGCGGAGAACGGCGCGGGGCGCGGGGCGCAGGAGAAGAAGAAGGGUCCGCGGAAGGGCGAGAAGAACGUCGUGCGGCAGCAGCUGGAGCGGAUGCUGGGGUGGGGGGGUGAGGACAGACUCCACCGCGACAGCGAGGUGGUGGUGGUGCUGCGGAACGCGUUCGACCCGCACGCGGGGACGAUGGCGCGCGGGUCGCCGGAGCAGCAGCAGCUCGAGCGCGACAUGCGCCAGGGCUGCGAGGAGCACGGUCGCGUGGAGAAGCUCCGGAUCUACGACCGGCACCCAGACGGGCUCGUCACGGUGCGCUUCCUCGAUCCCGACCACGCGGCUGCGUGCGUCGCGGCGAUGGACGGGAGGUUCUAUGCCGGACGCAAGCUGGCGGCGUCGUUGUGGGACGGAGUGGACGCGUUCGCGGAGGUCGUGGCGCCGAGGGCGGGGGGGCUGGACGAGGAGGAGGAGAGGCGGCUCGAGAGGUUCGCGCAGGAGCUGGAGCAGUCGGGCGACGAGGGUUGA